UUGAUACUGGUCUGGUGUCUGCUGCCAAACCCUCAGCCCUUCGUUGUGUUUCUGCCAAAUGCAGGACCAGUGCUUUUUGCUGGGUUUGCUCACGCGGGAGGCUGUGCUGUGCCCACUCUGCUGACGGUCGGGCGCGUUACCUCGGGACCAUGGUGUAGGGAAGCUGGAAGCAGGAUAACCCCAAAUUCCAAGCCAAGAGACACCAGGCUGAAGACCAUGGUCUCCAAGCUGACUCAUCUCCAAGUGGAGCUGCUGGAAGCGCUGCUGGAGUCGGGGCUGACCAAGGAGACCUUGAUCAAGGCUCUGAGCGAAGCGGAGCCCUACGGGCUGCAGAGCGAGAGCCAGCGCGCCAUCAAUGCCCUCCAGAGCGAGAAAGGGGAGCCCUGCCCCGACAUCCCCAACGGAAUGGGCGACUCCAGGGCCUCAGAAGAUGAAACCUCAGAUGACGGAGAGGAAUUUACCCCUCCAAUAAUGAAGGAGCUGGAAAACUUGAGCCCUGAGGAGGCUGCUCACCAGAAGGCUGUGGUGGAAAGACUAUUACAAGAGGAUCCCUGGCGAGUAGCAAAGAUGGUGAAGUCUUACCUCCAGCAGCACAACAUCCCCCAGCGUGAGGUGGUGGACACCACAGGUCUGAACCAAUCCCACCUCUCCCAACACCUCAACAAGGGCACUCCCAUGAAGACCCAGAAACGAGCAGCCCUGUACACCUGGUACGUCCGGAAGCAGCGAGAGGUGGCCCAGCAAUUCACACAUGCUGGCCAGGGCAUCCUGACAGAUGAGCCCAUGGGAGAUGACCUGCCCACCAAGAAGGGAAGGAGAAACCGCUUUAAGUGGGGUCCUGCCUCACAACAGAUCCUGUUCCAAGCCUAUGAGAGGCAGAAAAACCCCAGCAAAGAAGAGAGGGAGGCACUGGUGGAAGAGUGCAACAGGGCAGAGUGUAUUCAGAGAGGUGUUUCCCCAUCUCAAGCCCAGGGACUGGGCUCAAACCUGGUGACAGAGGUCAGAGUUUACAACUGGUUUGCCAACCGCAGGAAGGAGGAGGCUUUCCGGCACAAGCUGGCCAUGGACACCUUCAGCGGCCCGCAGCCCCCCCCGGCGCCGCCUCUCACUCCCCACAGCUCCGCCUCCCUGCAGCCACCGCCUGCGCUCUCACCCAGCAAAGUUCACGGAGUGAGGUACAACCAGCAGCCAGCCAGUGAGGCAGAGUCCUCCAGCAGCAACCACCACGGGAACAGCUCCAUGGUGACCACCCAAACCAUCCUGCAUCAGGUGUCUCCCCCUGGGCUGGAGCCCAGCCAGAACCUGCUGAGCACAGACACUAAGCUGGUAUCAGCUCCUGGAGGAACUCUCCCUCCUGUCAGCACCCUGACUGCCCUGCACAGCCUGGAGCAGAGCCCACACACGCUGAGCCAGCAGACCCAGAACCUGAUCAUGGCCUCCCUGCCGGGGGUGAUGGCCAUCGGGGCGGGCGAGACGCCGUCCCUGGCGCCCGCCUUCACCAACACCGGAGCCUCCACGCUGGUGAUCGGCCUGGCCUCAACCCAGCCCCAGAGUGUUCCUGUAAUAAACAGCAUGGGGAGCAGCCUCACUACCCUGCAGCCUGUUCAGUUCUCCCAGCAACUGCACCCAUCCUACCAGCAGCCCCUCAUGCAGCAGGUCCAGAGCCACAUCAACCAGAGCCCCUUCAUGGCUACCAUGGCUCAGAUACAGAACCCUCACGCUCUCUAUGGCCCCAAAUCUGAAGUGACUCAAUACACACAUGCAGGCCUCUUACCACAAACCAUGGUGAUAACAGACACAGCCAAUCUCAGUGCCCUGACCAACCUGACACCAACUAAACAGGCAUUCACACCUGACUCAGAGACCCACACCGAGUCUGGGAUGCACACACCAGUGUCACAGGCACCAACAAUCCAUCUACAGAACCAAGACUCAACAAUCCAGCACCUUCAGCCAGGCCCUCGCCUCACCUCCAGCCCUGCUGUGUCCUCCAGCAGCCUGGUGCUCUACCAAAGCUCUGACUCCACCAACAGCCACAGCCAGCUGCUGCCAUCCACUCACAACGUCAUUGAGACCUUCAUCUCCACACAGAUGGCAUCUUCCACCCAGUAACCACCACCAGCAGCCCCUGAGUGACUGCCACAACCAACCUGCCAGGUGCACCUCCAGCCCUGUUUGCCACCACAGCCUCACACAACCCCUGCUCAGCUGCCUCCAGGAGAGAAAAAGUCUCAGGCUCAAGACAGAAAACAUGGAAAGAUGAUGCUGGCACUGCUGAAAUCCACUGCCACCCCACCAAAAAAGCCCCAGCAAACCUUAACCCUAGCAGCCAGUUCAGAAUGGCCAGACAUCCUUUUGUGGCUGCCCAAAAAGGAAUCCCAACAGUGCCAGGAUGUGGAUGGGACUUUAAUUCACUCAGCUUUCACCAGGCUGGGCUGUAUGAACCUGUAAGCACCAGACUAAAUCACGUGGGAAAGAACAAGGCUGGGCUGCCAAAGAUGGGACACCACCUUUAAACACUCUCCUCCUUUGCUGCAAGGAAGCACCAACAGGAACUAUAAGAAAUAACAGAACCUUGGAAGUUCCUGACUUUGCAAUGAGAAUAACCAAGAAACAGAUUUGGGAAUGGCUUGGCACAAACCCGUCAGUAUGAGAUCACUGACAAGCUACAAAUCCUUAAUAAACUACCGAAAUACUAAA